AUGGAUAUCUCGUCGGACGAACCGCCACCUCCAUUUGUGCGAUUCCUCCCCAAGACGUCGUCGACGACGUCCUUUUACGAGAUGCCACACUCACCCCGGCUCAAACUUCUAGUGGCAGCCAAUGGCCCGAAGGAGGUGGCCUAUGCACAGGCCAUUGCGGUACGGCUCUCCAAGGAGCCCAAGAUCUCGAUUCGGGUGAUUGUCGACGACCUGACGCAUCGGCUGGCGCAGGAGUUUCCGACGCACGAAAACCGGAGCCUACGACGACACGAUCGCGGCAGCGGGUGCGUGAUUGGCAACAGCAGCAGCAGUUCGCUCAGCGCGGGCGACGUGGCGCGCGACAUUGAGUGCGCGCGCAAGCAGGCGUUUGACCUCGUUGCAUGGGCAGACCUGCUGGUGUUGGCGCCAAUCGACGCGGACCACAUGGCCAAGAUGAUGGCAGGCGUGACGGACACGCUGCUUCUGGAGUUGCUGCGCAGCUGGGACGCAUCGAAGCGGAUCCUGCUGGUGCCGGGCAUGUCGACACACAUGUGGGAGAACCCGGUGACAAAGCGACAGAUCAGCAAGCUGCACCGCAAGUGGCACUGGGUGCGGGUGCUGCCGCCGAUCCUGUGGCACUACUACCAGCUGCCAUCGACGCCGCCGCCAGGCCGGAGCAGCAGCAACAUGGGGAUGACCAGCGCGGCCAACAGCGGCAACAGCAGCAUGAGCAGUAGCAUGGUCGGGCUCGACAAUGUGGCGGCGGCAGCGGCAGCGGCGUCAGCAGCAGCAGCAGCGUUUGCGGGCGGCCAACACCAACCACAGCAGCGCAAGAGGGUGGUGGAGUGGCACGGGUUCGCGGACCUGAUCGGCAUCAUCAAGAACCAGGCAGACCUGCUGUCGCUGGGCCACGAUGUCGAUGUAGCAGCAGGGCUGCUGAGCGGACACGGAUCGCUGCUGCUGGCAGGCGGAAACGGCAGCGGCAGCGGCAGCUCGAGCCCGCUGCACCGACCUGGCGGCAACUCGAGCGAUAGGGACAACGUGGGCGAUGGGGGCGCGGAUGCGCGGCCACAGCGGCCACGACAGGUGCGGCGACUGCCGCCAGAAGUGUGGACGAUGAUCCUGGAGUACGCGGACGAUUGGGAGCUGGCACAGGCGCUCAACGUGUUCACGCACCUGCCAAUGCCGACUUGGCACGGGUGGCGGACGCAGCCGCGAGACACGACAGACGCACAGCAGGUGUUUAUGCACGAGCUCGAGUGGACGCUGCUGACGGCCGACACGGAUCGAAUCUGCGCGAAGCUGGCACAGGCGCCGGCGGCAACGGUGGCGGAUUUGUCGGCACUGGCAAUCCGGUUGAUCUUCAAGUUUUCGCUGACGAACGUGCUGGCUCACAUCGAGGCACACUGCCCGCUGGUGUUUCGCAGCUUCGACGGCAAGACGGUGCCGACCAAGGCGUCGGCAUAUUUUGGGCGGACCGACAUCCUGGACUGGUGGGCACGGUCGCCGUCGUUCCUGGAGAAGCAGUACGACGCAGAGGCGCUGGACGGAGCGUCCAAGAAUGGCUACGUGCACGUGCUGGAGUGGUGGCGGCGGUCGGGGCUGCCGCUCAAGUACACAGAGGCAGCGAUGGAACAGGCGAGCGCUCGAGGUCACGUGCAGGUAUUAGAGUGGUGGCGGCAGGCGUCGCUGGUGGGCGGGGCGGCAGCGCAGCCGAUCAUUGCGCGGCCGGGGCGGUCGUUGAUCUGCGCGGCGCAGUACGGCCGGGUCAACGUGCUGCGCUGGUGGGAGGAGCAGGGACGUGAGGACGAGGAUGAAGGCGGUGGAGGGCCACCACGGAUCAACCCAGGCCACCAGGACGCGGUGUGCAAGGUGGCGUCACGCUGGGGCCAGGUGGCGGUGCUGGAGCUGUGGCGCGAGCUGCGUGGCGACGGCAAGCUCGUGUUUGGGCCGCUGAUCCUGGUCGAGCCGACGAUGUAUUCACACAUCGGCGUGCUGGACUGGUGGCGGGCCUAUGCGCAUGGCGAGCUGCCGGGAAUGGGCGGACGGCGGGCCAAGCAGGUCGAGUACCGCAUCAUGGACAUUGAGGAGGCGCUUGAGGAUGCGCUGGGCGACCAGACGACGGUGCGGCGUUGGUGGGCGGCCAACGGAUUGAACCUGGGCCUGGGCACGAGCGAGUGGAUGAAGGCACAGUAUCUGUAA